GUUCUCUUGUCCGCUUUUGCCACUCAAUGAGCCAUUUUCAAAAGAGAAAUGAUUUCCGCUUUCGAUGCGUCAAAAAAACUGACCACUCAUUCCUCAUUAAAUUUUUCGAAAGUUCUUCAAUAUCGAAAGUGAAGUGCACACUUUCUUCUAUAAUGCAUUUUUUUAUUUUUCGUUAAUAACGUCGGCUAAUUAUGACAUGGUAUCGGUUUCGCAGACAGCGCGAUUAUGAGGCGAUAUCGUAGUCUUUUGGCAUUGUUCUUGUUAGGAGUUUUUGUGGAAGUGUACACGUAUUAUGCCCAUAAUCGAUGUUUCGGCAGCGGGGACUGCAUCAUCACUACCGGUUAUCUGGGCGGCGGUUUUGCGGAUGAUUACCAAAAAUGGCUCAUCGAGUGCGCUGAUGGAGAGGCGAUGAUUGGCAUUUUUGAUCUGUACAAACAGUUCCUGGGAAUAAAUCAGGUGUGGUGCUUCUUCAUGUUUCCGAUGAAACCACCAAGCAACGGCCUGUAUCCCUAUUAUCCUUCGUGCAACGUCAGAAAUUUAACAUUAAGAGAAUACUACUGCUACGACAAGUUCUUUCCCAUGGACACCGUUGACACUUUUGUUACUGGCUACUACGGAGCGUCAUCAGCGGAUCCCAUGCAGGUGACCCUGCAGAAAUGUUGUAAAACACCGCCUGGUUACAAGAUUGACUAUACGCGCUGCCAGUGGAAGUACACGCACGAUAAGGCGGGCGAGCAUUAUGACGGCUACUGGGUUGUCAAAUGUGACACGCACUACGUUAUGACAGGAACGGGCCAAGCAACAAAUCCCUGGGAUAGCCAAUUACAUAUAGUUUGGAUACAAUGCUGUCCGGUCGUUACUGUACCGACGGCGCAAAACCAGUUGUACUUACCACAAGCAUCACCGGAAUACCGGCCGGGAAUGGACCGCUAUCGGACCUACGGAUAAUCCAUGUUUAAAAAUUUGAAUUAAUUCUGCUGCGGUUAAUGCAGAGUCAAAAGAGGUUUAUUUGCUCUCUCGAUCUGCAGUAGCGUCGUCUCACUUUCUGUGAUAUUGAAUUUGCCGACAAAUUUUUAACGGGUUAAAUAUAUCUGUUUUUAACUAAGCUGCUAUCUUUUCUUGCGGGAAAAUUUUUACUGGCUAAUUACGUGAAAAAAAACCAAAGCUGAAAUUCAGCAGAUAACAUUAUACGUGUUUGGAA